AUGUCUGAAAAGUUUAACAAGUUAUUCCCCAUUAUGAAAUCAAUUCUUGGUAACCAUGGCAAUGUAAAUAGAGUAGAUUAUGGUAUAUCCCUGUGGAACCACAUUAUUAGACCUGCCUUAGAGUAUGCCUGUGAGUUACUAAUAUUUAGUUCAACAGAUAUGGAAAAAUUAGAAAGAAUGCAACGUACAGUGGGAAAGUUUAUUCUAGGAGCAUGUCGAUACACAGCAAAUGAAGCCGUUCUAGGGGACCUGGGGUGGAUAACUAUGAAAAGUAGAAAUUGUUUCUGUGGCAACAAGAAACUGAAGAUUAUUACAUUCACCAUAGUACUGGGAGUUGUCAUUUUCUUUAAUAAAUAUGGGUACAUCAAGACCAAUUUGAUGCAAGAUUACGAAAAACGGGCCUUAUUCAUGACCUCACACAUACCAGUCAACUCACAUGAGAGUACCAACAGCACUGGUCCUCAUCCCAGCUACAACGAAUCCAAUGUUAAGGAAACUGGGAUAAAUAUGGUAUGUGAGAAUAUAGUUAAUGGAUUCGAUGUACCUGCAGAAACUAUGAACCAGACAAUCAGAUUUCUUAGGUCGACACACGUAUCUGAUCUUGAUUUCCUAUCGCUCACUGACAAUUGUACAAGAUUUUCUACUGAACGAGGAUACUCUAAUAAGCCAGUUACAGAUGAAGAAAUGAACUUCCCAUUGGCUUUUGGUUUAUCCAUGUAUACAUCCGCACACCAAGUUGAACAGUUAUUACGGACUAUUUACAGACCACAUAAUAUCUACUGCAUACACGUGGACAAUAAAUCAUCUUCUGUGUUACACAGAGCAAUGGAGUCGAUAAGUGGAUGUUUUGAUAAUGUAUUCAUAUCAUCACGUCUUGAAAAAGUUAUUUACGCCUCGGUUUCCCAGAUACAUGCUGAGAUGAACUGUCAGCGAGAUGUGUUAAAACGAAACAAAAAAUGGAAAUAUUUUAUCUACUUAACGGGACAGGAAUUUCCAUUAAAAACUAAUUUAGAAAUAGUGGAAAUAUUAAAAGAAUUUCAAGAACAGAAUGACAUUAGUAUUGAAAUGACUGUGCCAUGGAAGCGUGUUACAUUCAGGUAUAGCAUCGUUAAUGGAAAGAUGCACCGUACUAAUCAGACUAAAACCGAACCAUGUCCCCUUAAGACCCUCAAAAAAGGUACAAUUCAUACAAGCUUGUCGCGGAAAUUCGUUGAGUUUCUGCACACAAGUAACAUCGCUGAACGCUUUUUGGUGUGGCUGAAUGACACGCUGUCGCCCGAUGAACAUUUCUUUCAAAGUUUAGCUUAUCUCCCAGAAGCACCCGGAGGACCAGGACAGGUACCGAUGUCGCAACCUGUCAUGGCGUUAUCAAGGCGUGCAAUGUGGCAGUCUAAAUUGCCCUCUCCUCAAUGCCAUGGACAUUAUGUUCGCGAAUUUUGCAUCUUUUCAUGGCGUGAUCUCGCGUGGCUAGUUAAACAACCACAUUUAUUCGCCAAUAAGUUCAAUGUAAAACAUGAUAGCUUGGUUUUAGACUGUUUGGAAGAAAUCAUCAAGUAUCGUACUAUUUACCCAAAACAGCUGAACAUUACUGUGUAUCAAAAAUUCGUCAAAAAUCGUUCUUGGAAAGAUUUUGAAGACCCUCCUCCUUGGCAAGUAAAAUAA